AUGUCGCUCCUUCGAGUUGGUGGCGCCGUUCGCCUCGGUGCGACUCGUCUGGCCUCCCCUGUCAAUGCCCGUUUCGUCUCCGGUCCUUCCGACCAGGUCAAGACCAGCGAUGCUCCCACCACCACCAAGCACGGCAACAUCUUGAUCAACAAGCAGACUCCCACCCAGGCUCUGGCUCGUCACCAGCCCGAUUAUGAGGCUACUAUCGAUCACGGUACCUCACAAUACUCACCCGUGCCCAAGCGCGUGAUGGAUGGCAGUGAGCCCGGCACCACUCUGCCCGCCGCUGUUCUCUCCGGCGCUCCUACCGAUCUCCAGGCCCGCACUGUUCGCAUCUACCGCCCCGCGAAGCCCGCUUCUCAAUCCGGUACUUGGCACUCUCACCACUGGCGUAUGGACUGGGAUAUUCUGCAGAGGGGUCACCGCUGGGAGAACCCGCUGAUGGGAUGGCAGUCGUCCGCCGACGGCAUGCAGGGCACCAACAUCAAGUUCAAGUCCAAGGAGGAUGCCAUUGCCUUUGCCCAGAAGCAGGGAUACGAGUACUUCGUCCAGGAGCCUAAUGAGCGCCGCUUCAUCCCCAAGGCCUACGCCAACAACUUCCUUUACGAGAACAGGAAGCUCAAGCACAUCAAGACCAAAUGA